AAACUGUAAUAGAAGUCGCUUCCACAUGUCCGUCUAUUCUAACUUCAGAUGAGUGAAAGUGCUAAAACAUAAAAUGACGCCUUAAAUGUCUGCAGCUGUUAUAAGCUGAUCACCACUCAGCCAUACGAUGGCUUGAGUCUUCCUUUGAACCUCCUUCUCUGGUUCACGUCCCGAAACGUCAGUUAGCCCCCAUCUGGUCUUUAUGCUGGUGUGAGUUUUCUUUCAGAUUAAAAAUAGCUUCACCGUUUCGUACUUGCUCUCUUUGCCUGCUGCUGUGUGAGUAGAGUAACAUACAGCGGCAGCAUUGUUUGGGUCUAACUGGAAUGCGAAGAUGGCUGCAGACGUGGGAGAGUUGCUGGUCCCGUAUAUGCCCACCAUCAGGGUUCCUCGAUCCGGAGACAGGGUUUAUACAAGGGAAUGUGCCUUCUCUUUCGACUCUCCGGAAUCUGAAGGUGGAAUCUAUGUGUGUAUGAACACUUUUCUUGGAUUUGGACUGGAGCAUGUUGAAAGACAUUAUCGUAGAACAGGCCAGUGUGUUUAUAUGCAUCUGAAACGUCACAUCAAAGAGAAAGCCAGAGGAGCAUCAGGUGGUGGACCUUUGCCAAAACAUAGAAAUAAAAUCGUUUUAGAUUUAGAGAGAAAUCCUGAUUUAAACAGCGAUGAUUAUGAAAUUGAAGAUGAAGCCAAACUUAUCAUUUUCCCCAGUCACUUUGAGAUUCCUUUACCGAAUAUAGAGGAAUUACCAGCACUGGUGACCAUAGCCUGUGAUGCAGUUCUCAGCGCAAAGUCUCCUUAUAGGAAAGAAGAUCCUGAUUCAUGGGAAGAAGAUCUCCAGCCAUCCAAACAUGCCAGUAACCUUUCUCAGCUAGACAAUGGUGUCAAGAUUCCUCCUAGUGGUUGGAAGUGUGCCAAGUGCGAAAUGCGAGACAACCUAUGGUUGAACUUGACUGAUGGCUCUAUUUUGUGUGGGAGAUGGUUCUUUGAUGGCCAUGGAGGGAACGGACAUGCAUUGGAUCAUUAUAAAGACACAGGAUUCCCUUUAGCAGUAAAACUUGGGAGUAUUACACCGGAUGGAGCAGAUGUGUAUUCAUUUGAUGAAGAGGAGGCAGUAUUGGAUCCCCAUUUAGCAAAACAUUUAGCACAUUUUGGAAUUGAUAUGCUGCAAAUGCAAACGAUGGAGAAUGGUUUACCGGAAAAUAGUUUGAAGCCAAACAUUAACGAGUGGCAUGUAAUUCAAGAAUCUGGCUUGAAAAUUAAACCGGUCUUUGGCUCAGGGUAUACGGGCAUCAGAAAUAUUGGGAACAGCUGUUAUCUCAGUACUGUUAUGCAGGUCUUGUUCAGCAUCCCAGAAUUCCAAAGAGCGUAUGUAGGAAGCAUCCAGCGAAUAUUUGACUAUGCCCCAUUGGAUCCAACUGUAGAUUUCAACACCCAGAUGGCUAAAUUAGGAUAUGGGCUCCUCUCAGGCCAGUAUUCCAAACCACCAGUCAAAUCUGAACUUAUUGAACAGGUGAAAAAAAAAGACUAUAAGUAUCAGCCACAAGAAAUUUCUCCUCGUAUGUUCAAAGCUUUGGUUGGCAAGGAUCAUCCAGAGUUUUCAUCAAACAGGCAACAAGAUGCACAAGAGUUUUUUUUACACGUAAUAAACCUGGUAGAGAGGAACAGCAGUGGACUUGUAGAAAAUCCCACUGACGUCUUCCGUUUUUUGAUGGAAGAACGUAUUCAGUGUUGUCAGUCUAAAAAAGUUCGGUAUACACAGAGAGUCGAUUACCUCAUGCAGCUGCCAGUGCCUAUUGAAGCUGCUACUAAUAAAGAUGAACUGAUGGCCUUUGAGAUGAAGAGAAGGGAAGCAGAAGUAGGUAGAAAGCCACCUCCAGAACCAGUGCGUGCCAGGAUUCCUUUCAGUGCUUGCUUGCAGGCUUUUACAGAUCCUGAAAAUGUGAAUGACUUCUGGAGUAGUGCUUUGCAGGCGAAAUCAGCAGGGAUCAAAACAUCUCACUUUGCUUCAUUUCCUGAAUACUUGGUGGUGCAGAUAAAGAAGUUUACCUUUGGCCUUGAGUGGGUGCCCAAAAAAUUAGAUGUAUCCAUAGAUAUGCCUGACAUUCUUGACAUCAGUUAUCUUCGUGCCAAGGGCCUACAGCCGGGUGAGGAGGAGCUUCCAGAAAUUGCCCCGCCUAUUAUCAUUCCUGAUGACCCCAGAGAUCGUAUGAGAAACCAUUUUGUUGAACCUGUAGAAGUUGAUGAGUCAGCCGUGAUGCAGCUAGCUGAAAUGGGAUUCCCACUAGAAGCAUGUCGGAAAGCAGUUUACUAUACAGGAAAUUUAGGGGCAGAGCUAGCCUUCAACUGGAUCAUUGCACAUAUGGAAGAUGCUGAUUUUGCAGAGCCAUUACAAGUUGUCGGCGAUGAAGAUGGAUCAUCUGCUAGAUCGACUGUUGGAGCAGCAAGCCAACCACCUGAAGAGAUGGUCGCAAUCAUUGUGUCAAUGGGCUUCCAGAGGAAUCAGGCUAUCCAGGCUUUCAAGGCAACGAACAACAAUCUUGAGCAUGCUCUCGACUGGAUUUUUUCACAUCCAGAUUGCGAAGAAGAGGGUGAGGUUGCAUCUAGUGAAGUAGAAAACCAAGCAGUAGGUAACUCCAGUGCUGCCGCCACAGCUGAGGCAGGUGCUGAUGGACCUAGGAUUCGAGAUGGACAUGGAAGAUAUGAGCUGAUUGCUUUCAUUAGCCAUAUGGGGAAAUCGACCAUGUGUGGUCACUAUGUCUGCCAUAUCAAGAAGGAAGGAAGAUGGAUUCUGUUUAACGACCAUAAGGUGUACACUUCAGAAAGACCGCCUAAAGACCUGGGCUACAUGUACUUCUACCAUCGAAUUGCAAGCUAGGUUUCAAGUCUCUGUGGACCCUCCUGCAACAAUCUUUAGCUUUUUGAUUAGCCAAAACAAGCAAAAACUGGACUGCCAAAAACAUGCAGUGGAAACUACUUUUUAAAUUUGUUAUUAAUUUAUUAAGAAAGAGAUGAUAUGCAAUAAUGCGGUAUAUACUGAAGCACAGAAGGGAACUUAUGUUAUUCUAUGUUUUAUAUUUACCUGUAAAUUUCAUUUGAAUUUGCUGCUGGUGGUUAUAGGAGGCAUGUGCAAUCAGUUUACAGGAAACUGUAGCAUAGUUCUCAACAUAUCAGAUAGCUUUUUCUUCUGCCUCACGAGUGUCUUCUUAUUGAAACUUUAUAAUGUGCUUCCAGAAUUUCUGUAACCUCCUUACAGAAGGAACAGCUUUCCUGGCCAAAGAGUAAUCCUUUUUGGAACGUCACAAAACUUGAUUGAGUUCCAUUUUCAAGAAGCGGUGCUGUUUCGAGAACGGGUCUUCCUUGCAUUAGUUUUCAUCAGAGGCAAAACGUCAAGUUCAGCUAACAGUCUGUUAAGUACCCCACAGAGGUGCAGUGUAAGAUAUAGCAUAGUCAAGUGCCUUAUUGUUGCAUCAGAAGAUUUCUGACUGUUUUCAUCAAGUGCCUUAUUGUUGUCGUAAUGAUCUAGUAGCUCAUUAUCUUUUUCAGACAGUCACGUUCACAGAUAGAAGGCAUCUUUCAAGUGUGCUGCUGUUUGAAGUGAUUGAUUGAAAUAUUGGCUUGUAUGAAACCGUUGUGCCAGAGGUUUAUCAGCUUGUAUUUAACCAUGUAAGAGAUGUUGUGGUAAAGCACCUAGAAUGCUAAUAGCCGAGCUGCACCAUUUCGAGAUCCAUCUUUACUAUGAGGAAGUCAGUUUCCUCAUGUGUGUAGUGACUCCUAAAAGCCUCAUGUUAUAGUAGUAUUAUUAAUUUUUAAUUAUUUUGUUUCCCUUUGUUAACAGGAUAGCCCCACUGGUCUGAGAUUUUUCCAGCAGGCCAAGAGGAAAGAACAAAGUUACAAAGCAGUACCAACACUGGAUGAAUCAAACAAAUACAGACAAAGCAAAACAACAGGCUAACAUCAUAAAUAUUUUCAUAGUGAAACAUGUAAUUUGUAAGACAGGAAUGCAUUCUAGUGACAUAAGUGUUACAUAGCUUACUCAUACUGUAGGUAUAUAUAUUACUACUAGUAAAUAUGACAGGCAAAAUUCCUGGAAGUUGUGAUUGAUUUAUGUAACUAUUCAGAGUGUCCAUUUACAGAUGAUAUGUCGGGUGUAAGGUAGACUGUCUCGGGGGUGCUAGCAUCUGCUUUCUUUUUCCAGUAGUAUACCUGGAGCUUUUACCCCGAACAAGUCUGGAAGCACAUUAUUACUUGGAGCUCCUGUUUCAGAUAUUGGUGCCCUUUUAUUCUUCUUUUCCACAUGCAGAUCGUAAAAGCAGCCUGUUCUUUGUCCACGUUAUUUUUUUUCAUCCUUCUGUGUGGUUUAAUGAGAAUUUCUUAUCUUUUGAUAAACGGGUGAUAUGUUUUAGGUUAAAUGACAUGAAACUUUUCUUCUCUCACUCACCAUCCUAAUGGUCAUGGGCAGGUCUCGUUGGUAAGUGCCUCUCACUUAGCAGGGUUGCCCUGUUUUAUUUGUAGUGCAUACUUCUGCAGCACUUACAUCCAUCAGAUGGUCAAAUGUGGCAGUCAAUGCCUUAAUACUUUGUCCCUGUUUAGAACAGUGCUUUGAAUGUUUCUGUAAACUUUUUUGUAUCAGUAUUAUAGUCAUGCAUCCGUUUGUUUGUUUCAGUAUAACAUUUUUGAAGUUGAUAACAGUGAACAUUUUGUAAAAGGAAAUUUAGUCCUACACUUUUGUUAGAUGUCAUAUUUAACAUAUUUUAUAAAAAAAAAUCUGUGGAUAAUGCAGUCAUGUAAAAUUAACACUUUCAAGUAGAUGCAUAUGUUUGUAAGGAACUUUUUUAUAUGCAAUUUUUUUUAAUGUUUAUAGAACCAUUUUGGAAACUGAUGCUUAAUGGGUUUAUACCAGUCUAGAGACAGAAAUUCAAUAUAUAUGACUUUGGGAAUGUUACAUAAUCUUGUAAUGAUCCUUUCUCUUUAAUGUUGAAAUAAGCAGCAUCAGAAUGUUACUGCAAAUGAGCUAUUGCUUCUUAGGCAAAGUUUCCUAUAAAAUUUAUUUUUUAAAUGCAUAUUCAAAUUUAAUGGGAGCUAGUUUGUGAUUUACUGACAACCAUACUUUUCAGCUGGUUUGAUUUUAGGCAUAAGUCUAUGAUUUUUGCCCUUGGAUUACAUCUCUCCUCCUAGAUUUACUGAUUUUCUUUAUAAGGUCAUACCUAUUUAAAAGUAUAUUCAAGUAAGCCUGUACAAAUAUUCCUUAUCAUUACCUGUACAGGAUCCAGUAUCUGACGACCUCUAGUCCUGAAAAAUAACAAUGCGUUCCUCUUUCUGACCCUCUGACAAUGAAUUAUGAUCACUGUGCUGAUUUUAAUAAUCUGAGGUAGAGAGGUAUGCUGCCAGCUUUUACCAUUGAUUCAGUCAUUUGUUUUUACUACUUACAUUAUCCAUUUCAAAGUUGCAAGCAAUCAGAGACUGUUAUAAAAAAGCAUCUGGCAUAAAGCAUGAAUCAGUCAUGGACAGGGCACCAGCUUACUAUGGAAUGCAUACACACUCACAGCUAGGACAGUUUAAGCGAUGCCAGUCUGCUAACAUCUCUUUGGAAAGUUGAAGUUAACCAGAGCUUCCACUUCAGACCAUCAUAGAGAUAGGGUGGACAUGUAAACUCCAUACAGAAGGCAUCUCAUUUGGGAAUUGAACCAGAGAACCAGGCGCUGUGAGGCAGCAGUGCUAACUGAUGUAACACACUGCCACCCUUUAAACAUUCUGCUAUUCUGUAGUAAAAACAGAUGGAAACUGUUAGUAAGUUAGUGUAAAAUAUCCUUUAAUAUGUAGUGAAACUGCAAAUUUUCACUAUCGUUAAAUGUUUCAAUAUUUUAGUUGAAGCAGCCUCUGUCUGAUUUAGGCCUUCAGAGUGAUUGUCUCAUUUCAGCCUUCUCACCCAGCCAGUCAUCCAAUCCACUUUUAAAAGAUGUUAAAAGUACACAAUCUUCUCAAUCACUAUGGAAAAUGUUCUACCAUUUUCCUGCUCUGUUGUGAAAUGUCUUAGUAAUAAAAACUGAUUUUGCUGUA